AAGUGUAAAAAUGGGUGGGUUUAGAGUGUCAAAUAUUAAUCCUGCCUACUAUUUAUAUCAUAAUGCUUGGUAAGUAAACCUACUGACGUGGAGCAAUGGAGUCAAGUCUUUUUGUCCUGUAUUUAUUUUUCUUGGCAAGGGUUUAUACGUCAGCAUUUGAUGAUGGUGUGAACAGUGACCAUCCUUCUGAGCUGUCAACCUGCACAGAGAUCCCCACAGAAGAAAAUGCAGAAGUUUCGACUCAGACUUUGAAAAGCAGUUAUACUAAGGGGGAUUCGUUGGUAUUUAACUGCCAGCCAGGAUAUGUAGGAAGAGUAAGCUUUAUUUGUGAUGGAUACAAUUGGAAAAAGACUCGAAAUGCUAAAUGUUCACGUAAACGAUGUGCGCUUCCAGAAGACAUACCAAACGGUCGAUUUAUACUUGUAAAUGGAACCGAAUUUGUUUAUGGAACCACUAUCAAAUACAUAUGCAAUAAAGGUUACCAGAUGGCGAGUUUUAUAGACAACAGAACAUGUCUUGCUGCGGGUUGGAACAAUCACUUGCCUUUGUGUGAAGAAAUUACAUGUUCUCCACCCGUAGCUAAGGAGAACAUCAUUGUGGACGGACUUCCUGAUAAUGAUGACUUACUGAGAUAUGGACAUCAGUUACAAUUCACUUGUAAAUCUGGAUUUAAAUUAGUAGGGCAGAAAGACAUCACAUGUGGUGAAAAUGGAGUAUGGAAUCAUCCAAGCCCUAUAUGUGAAGGAUUCCGAGCUUGAGGGUCCGCUGCGGGAACUCCCGAGGAGGUGUACUUCAGGCGCCUUGGAGGCUGUUAACUUCACCUCAACCACAUGAUUGGCUCCGAGUGUGAGAGGACUCGGGAGUUCGCUGUGAGCCAUCUCAAUGCCGGAAUCAGCAUAACUGAGCAUGUGGAUAACAUGCUAUGUUAAGUAAAUGUAAAAUAAUUGUAAAGCCGUAGAGUUUGAUUUUAAUAAUCAACAAUUGAAACAAGUAGUUAAAUUGUAUUAGAGUUGAAUAACAAACACCAGAAUAGUGAAAAUGUGUGAUCUCUAAUUUUAACGGUUGUAUGAUAAUUGGUGUCAGAUGAGCUGUUCAAGUAUUUCAGAAACUACUGAUCUCCUGAGAUUUUUUAUUUACAACAAUCUACAGACUUUUCACUCCUGAUGUGAAUGCUUUGUUAUGGUGCAAUUGUCUGUCCUGGAAGGAAAGAUCAUUGCUUCAGCUGCCACUGCUGCUUUGACCUGUGGUCGUGACUCCAACUACAGUAUUUCUUUCUUGCAGUUUCUAAAUAUCUAAGGCAGCGGUGUCCAAUAUUAUCCGGAAAGGGCCGGUGUGGGUGCAGGUUUUCUUUCCAACCAAGCAGAAGCCACCCCUUAUUCCACUUGUUUAAUCAGUUGUUCUUGGCUUUAGUAGACUCUGGUGUGGCUUCUGCUUAGUUGGAAAACCUGCACCCACACCGGCCCUUUCCAGAUAAGAUUGGACACCACUGAUCUAGGGUAUAUUGCAAAUUUUGUCUUGAUUGGACAUAAUAUGUACUGUAGAGGAAUGGCAAAAAUCCAAAAACUUGGCAAAAUCAAAGGUGACUGACAGGAAUUACAUUUGCAUUUCAAAUGUUGAUGUGCAUUCACUUCAGCCUCCUCCAGUUAUUAGAAAAAGAACUAUGAAUUUAUCACAAAUACUUUGAAGGAUAAUAAGGAAAAAAUUAAGGUUUUUGAUUAUGUUUUGCAUGCUACUGUAAUUUUUAAUUGUGCAUCUCUAUAAUGUGUCUUCUAAGGCCCUUUGAAAGGUAAUGGCACCAAAGGCAUGACUUACACAAUGUUUUCUGACUAAACACAGAUUUGUGAGUAACCAGACUUUAUGCCUUUUAUUUAAAGGGUUACAGCACCUGUACAAAUGACACUUCCAUCCUUAUCAGAUUAAUUAAAACAAUUAGCUUUGAGAAAAGGAUUUAGCACAAAGGUUCACUUAUUUUAAAACAUGCACUGUGAAUGGUUACUCAAUACUGUAUACCUAAUAAAAGCAGAAAAAUACUGUAUAUGUGUUAUUAGAUUAGACAGGUUAUCAUUGUGUUUGUCUGUAAUUAUGUAGUCAAAUUCUUUUUACUAGAACCAAGACUUUCAUACCAGAUAUUUUAACAUGACAAUGGCCCUGUGCACAAAGCAAUGUCCAUAUAGAAAAGGUUGAUCUGGAAAUACUCAAGCGGCCUGAGCACUUAUCUCAACCCAACCCAGCCGCACUGAGAUGAAUUGGAAAGCCCAUUGUGUAAACCAUAAUGUCCAUAGUCAACUUCUGUAGGUGUGGUUGGCAGGUCUCCACAUAUAGUGACUAUAGAGUGUAAAUUAACUCAAUUCCUGAAACAGGGGCCUAAAUUAUAAAAAAAAUCAUAUGCACAAAACAUGAAUUUGACAUGAAUACAACACGAUGAUACCUAAGAUAAUGCAAUGCAACUUUCCUAGUUAGUAUAGCAGCAUGCAGUAUUUAGGAACUGUAAUUAACCGUAAGAAGCUGUAAUUAGAAAAAAAAAAUAGGUUAUGUAAAAUUUAUUUUCAAAAAUCAAUAAAAGAUACUUUAAGAUUUGCUAAAUGUGGAACAACAACCAUUCAUUAAUAUUUUUUUUUAUAUUUACCUUAGUUCUAUUUACAGUUUUUAGAUUUGCUAAAUUUCUAAUAUAUAUAUAUAUAUAUAUAUAUAUAUAUAUAUAUAUAUAUAUAUAUAUAUAUAUAUAUAUAUAUAUAUAUAUUCCUUCUGGUCAUCUUAUCAGAAUCUGUUUGCAAUGCAAUAUUUUGGCGAGUCAAAACGGGGUCCAUUCAUUAUUUUUAUUUGAGUUGCCCUAUAAUUUUCUUAAUAAUGUUUUCAUUUAAUUUGUUGCACUUGUUUGUUUCACAGAAAUUACUUGCAAAGUAGGAGAACUCAAUACUGUAAAAAUUGUUGCUGGAGUUCGAGGAGAUUU